GGACAGAUUGAUCUGUUCCAAGCAAAGUUUCCAAUCAGUACCAGAUCAGCAUUAACAUCGGGAGGUAGACGCGCUCACCAACCAAGCGUCCUCGGCGUUGUUCCUUCAUCAUCAACGAUAUAAUUACCCAGAUUUGAAGUCCCGUCUCGCCGGUGUGCCUCAACUCUCAACGGGCCAGUUUUCUUGCUGUUACGAUGCUAGGACACACGGCCAAUGGCAAGAAGAGCAGCAAGUUCGAGGACUCGGACAGUCGCAUGUCGAGGCCCAGGCGAUCGGAUUCACGAGCAACUCUGCUUCAGGGCCGUGUCUGAGCUGCCGCAGCGUCCAGUGCAGCGUCUGAAAUCGGCGGCGGCGGCGGGCGCGGAGGCAACCGGCGGCGCGGCGCGGCGCGCUCUCGGCGUCCGGGCCAUGGCGCCGCGCAGCCCGUUGCACGAGGCAAGGAUGUUCUUGUGAUCAAAUGAUGGACGGUGCAAUGUGCAAACGCCAUGUAGUGCGUGUCGUCAGUGACGUGGCGUUUAUGUUUUUUUUUCAUGAACGUGGAUUUGCAGAAGAAGCCCGCCGGUGCUGGUUGUGGCGCCGGCGCGGGCCCACGGGCGGCGGAGCUGGAGGCGAAGCUGGAGAAGGCGCACGGGCAGCUUAUGGGGAUGCGGGACCAGCUCGCGGCGGCCGAGAAGGCCAGGAAGGACGCGCGCGCCGCGCUCGCCGACGCCAAGAAGCGCCUGGCCGCGAAGAAGAGGGACGAUGACGCGGCCUCUUCGGCGGCGCCGCCGCCGGUCGAGCACGAUGGCGGCAAGGCGCCGGCGCCGGCGGACGGGGCUGCUGGUGGCGCGGAGGGUGCGAACGGGGAGGAAGGCUACAUGAGGAUGAGGUCGCCGUCGCCGGCCGCCGAGGCCGGCUUCGAGGCUGUCGUGUCGGGCGAGUCGGGGAACAACGAGGGCCCGGUCGUCGAGGAGGGCAACAAGACUGGCGAUGAGGAGGAGGCGAGAAACGCCGUUGCCGAUGACGAUGGCAAGAAGGGGAUGAGCCCGGAGGUUGAGCUGCUGAGGGCGAAGCUGACGGCCAAGGACAUGGAGGGCUACGAGCUGAGGGCGAAGCUGAUGGUGAUCGACACGGAGGUCGACGAUCUGAAGAAGAUGGUGGUAGCCAAGAGCACGGAGCUCGAGGAGCUGAAGGCGAGGCUGAUGCUGAACAAUGAGCUCGUCGACAAGCUCACGGCGGAUCUGAUGGUGAAGGACGCGGAGAUCGCCGCCCUCGAGGCCGACAACGCCGACCUGAGCAGGAUGGCCGAGGAGGCUGCCGAGGCCGCGAAGGCGGCGUCCGCGAGGGCGCGGGAAGCCGAGCACGCGCUGCGGGAGGGCGCGGCGCGGGAGGCCCGGCUCGCCGAGCGGCUGCGGGCGUCGGAGUACGCCCGGGAGUCGCUGGAGGCCGAGGCGCAGCGCUCGCGCGUGCAGAGCGAGCAGUGGCGGAAGGUGGCUGAGGAGGCCGCCGCGGUGCUCGGCGGCCGCCCCGCGGGUGCCAGCAGCAGCACGGACAAGCAGCGCCACGGCCCAGCCUCGGCCGGUGGCGGCGAGAGCGAGGGCAUGGCAGCCAAGGACGGUGACGAAGAGGGACCCAAUGGCAAGCGGAAGGCCGGCGGCGCCAUGCGGGCGCUCAGCGACCUGUGGAAGAAGAAGGCGCAGAAGUGAUCGGAAAGCUCUAACGUUGCCCCUGGCCGCUGACGUGUGGGCCUGGACCCAAACGUCAGCGACCAAACGUCAUGGGAGACAACGUAAGAGGAGGAUUUACUUGCUCCGCUGUCUUGUCCACUCCACUAGGGUGACUUCUAGCGCCGAUUUACGGCGCAGGAUAAUUCGCUAUUAAUGUUAUGGGCCCAAAAUAAACUCGCGUCGUUUCUUUAGUGCAUUGUGUCACUGACCUACCGAUUGUAUGCUCUAGUGCUCGCACCUAGAGAGGUGCUAAAUUAUUCGAGGAUGAACAGAGAUUUGUUUGCGUGGCAUUGUUGCUUGUUGA